GGCCAGGCGGAUGGACGUGCGCCUAUGUCCUAUAGGCCGCUGAGACGUCAUUUAGGACGGAAGGGGCGGGGUGGAACAGUGGGCUCGGCCAUGGUAGGCAAGGAGAAGGAGUUAACUAUCCACUUCAGUCCGGGUUGUGUGCAGCUGCUGGAGGAGGAUGUCUCAGUGCCCGACAGACGGGUACUGGUCACUGGAGCAACGGGACUGCUGGGCCGAGCCGUGUACAAAGAGUUUGCGGAAAAUGGUUGGGAUGCGGUGGGCUGUGGUUACAGGAGAGCUCGACCCCGGUUUGAAAAAGUGAACCUGCUGGAGGCAGGGGAAGUGCAGAGGAUGAUCCAGGAGGUUAAGCCACACGCUGUUGUUCACUGUGCGGCGGAGCGUAGACCUGAUGUGGUGCAAAAUCGACCUGAUUAUGCCCAGCAGUUGAACGUGAACAGUUCUGCAUUCAUAGCCAAGGAGUCAGCUGAGGUUGGCGCCUUCAUGAUAUACCUGAGCACAGAUUACAUUUUUGAUGGAACACACCCUCCUUACCGAGAAAGCGACACUCCUAACCCCCUCAACCUGUACGGAAAAAGCAAGCUGGCAGGGGAGAGGCAGGUUUUGCAAAACCACCCUGGCGCUGCAGUGCUCCGUGUUCCUGUCCUUUACGGUCCAAUAGAGGAGCUGGAGGAAAGUGCAGUCUGUGCCAUCUUCAGCAGUGUCCAGUCCCCUGAAAGAUUGGCCAGUGUUGACCACUGGCAGCAACGGUUCCCCACGCACGUGGCUGACGUGGCCAGAGUGUGCAGGGAGCUGUCUGAGCGCAGGAUGCAGGACUCUUCAGUUAGUGGAAUCUUCCACUGGUCUGGGAACGAACGAAUGACCAAAUAUGAGAUGGCUUGCACUAUGGCAGAUGUCUUCAGGCUUCCCAGAAAUCACCUGCAACCGGUCACGGAUCCCCCUCCCACCGGUACAUUGCGACCUCACGAUGCCCGCCUGGACUGCUCACGCCUGGAGAGGAUGGGAAUUGGACAGAGGACCCCAUUCCGGCUGGGCCUGAAGCGCUGUCUUUGGCCCUUUCUCCGUGACAAGCAGUGGCAGCAGACGGUCUUUCACUGAGAUGGUGAAUUGAGUCGGUGCUGGGGGAGGUGGGAGGAGGUAGGAGGGGAGAUCACAUGCAAAAGCAGUGUUUGGAAGGUCUCGGCAACACCGCCCCCGACCGGAAGCUGAUCCUGGGCACUGUGUGCCGUUACUUGUCUGUACAUUCGGGUUUACCUGCCCAGGUAAAUCCUACAGCAAAUGCGUGUGCUCUACGAAUAGUUCCUGUCCAGCCCUACUCUGUAAUUGUGUCUGUUUUGAGUGGAAGCUUCUGUUUUGCACAAAUUCUAUCUGAGGUACCCAGCCAACAUUAUAGUUGGAAUCGAACAACCAGCCCUCUGAGAGGGGAAAUGGUUCAGGGUGUUGUGUAAGUGGUGAUGGUUGGCUCCCUUCUGUCUCUCCCGUGCUGCUUCUCUCUGCCUGUGGGACCACACCCAGCUCGCUUUCAGUCCCAGCUGUAUCCUCACCGCCGUAGGUACAAACUGUUGGAACUGAUGGGAGGAGGGGCCUAGUGCAUUUGACUUUCUAUCCCUUCCCAAACCCAACCCACCAGAGAAACAUCAGUUUCCCUUUCAGCCAAAAGUCCUGACUGGUGCCAGCCUGCUCAACAUUGAGGCUGUUCAGCUGCCGCCUGCUGUCCAAGAGACAAAGACGAGGAGCAGGUUCAGACCCCUGAGUCCCCGCUAAGUGCACCUCCAUCAGUAGCCUGGCUGAUGUCUACCUCAUCCUCUCUCCUGUCUAUUCUUGAAUGUACUCAGUCACUGAACAGUCUCUGGGAUGGCCGGUUUAAAGACCCUGAAUUCUCCCAUUCUCAGCCCAGAGCAACAGUGUAUAUUCCUGGCAGCAUCCUGUCAAAUCCCACACUCCAGUAACUGUAGAUCAUCCUCCAACUCGGAACAGCCCCCUUGUCCCUUGUCCCAGACAUCAGGGCCCAGAGUACACACUGUCCUCCCCUUCACGGACACAGGAGUUUUAUUUCCUGAAACAGCCCCCUUGUCCUGGACAUUGUGGAACAAUUCCCUCGUUUCAGACAUCAGUCCCAGGGUCCCAUACCCUGCCCUGUUUUCUCGGAAAUGCACUCUUUCCUCUCACCUUGCGGACACUGGAAUUCCAUCAGUCCCAGAGUGUUCUUUGCCUUCCCCUGGUUUCUCGGAGUUGCACUCUUUCCUUUCCCCUCGCAGACGCAGGAAUUCCAUCAGCCCCAGAUAUCGGUCCUGGAGUAUUUUCUGCCCUGCCCUGGUUUCUCGGAGUUGCACUCUGUGCUGGUCUAGUGAAGUCACAUAUCCCUGCCCUACUCCCUGUCUCCAGCCGAUCUGAUGCAUCAUUAUUUAACCAUUUCUGACAGUUUGAAACAUAUUUUCCUAAGUUGCUCGUAGUAAACUGCAGGUUUGUAUUUUCCCACCUGUCAGCAUCCAUUCCCUAAUCACACUCCAGAGCUCUCUUUCUUGCUACUGAACAUGGGAAGCACAGAUUUGGUUCACUUCAGAGACAUGACCCCUGAUACUGUUCUUCUCCACACUUCCUACAGGCAGUGAUUUAAAUAAAAACGGUUGUGUUUUUAUACCGGAGAUUCUCUCUUACCUGUAUCGCAUACAGCUCAUCCACACUCUACUUUGUAAACUGGUGAAUUGUGCUGAUUUUCGCCUUUCUGCAGUCUCCUCGUUGACCUGUCUUCCCAACCCUAGAACUCACUGCCGUGAGAGAGGGAGCAUCACUCUGUCUUUGACCCCAGGAGUGUGUGAUGGGAUGGUGUGGGGGUAGCUUUACUCUGUGUCUGAACACAGGAGUCUUUGAUGGGACGGUGUGGAGGGAGCUUCACUCUGUCUGACCCUAGGAGUGUGUGAUAGGGCAGUGUGGAGCGAGCUUCACUCUGUCUGACCCUAGGAGUGUGUGAUGGGGCAGUGUGGA